CCCGGGGGCGGCACAGUCGGGGGCGGCACAGCCGAGGGAGGCGCCGCCGCAGCCGGGCGGGCAGAGGCGCAGGGCCACGGGCAGGGGGCUGCGGGCGGGGGCCUGCGGCAGGGAACAAGCAUGAUCAAGAUGAACUGCAUCCUGUUAACCGCCUGCAUCAUUCUGGUUGCUUUUUGUAGUUCUGGUUAUGCCCUAAGGUGUUACCACUGCGAGAACAGCCCUUCCUUGUGCAAGACCAACAGUACUUGCUUAGCGACUGAAGACACUUGCGUGCAGAUGAAAUUUGGUAAAUUGAGAACCUCCUCCUGCUGGAAGGCAUCCCAGUGCAGUAUGAAUGAUAUUGCUGAAUUCUUCCAGUUGGAUAAUUUUGAAUUCUUUUGCUGCCAACACGACUUGUGCAAUGAGAGUGCAAUUACUGGGAUUAGCAAAGCAGCCUUCAGUAUUGCCUCUGCAAUGACUAUGUUAUGGAUGCUUCUGUAAUAAUCCUAAUUUGUAUGCCAUACUUUCAAGCUGAAAUUAUACAAAAUCAUUAACUCUUUUCUGAAUUGUACUUGCAUUUUCAGUUCCUAACCGUGGGCAGAACAUUACCUUUGAAUUUUAAUUUCAGUUUCUUAAGGUUCUGUCUGUUAAAUCACUGUUUCCAUUCAUGGGAAGGAGACAGGUAUUGUUACCAGUUGUAGGGAAUUCAGGUAUUUUGGCACCUGCCCUAUUCAUGGGCAAAUAACUUGUUAUGAAGUAGUGUUAUCUUGUGGAGAACCUGGGCAAACUUCAGUGGGUGAUGUGAAAAUGAAGGAUUACUAUGGCUUUUAUGCUGGAAAACUAUAAUUUGUAACUGUCCCAUACAUUGUAAUUAUCUUUGGUUCGGAUUUCUGUGUUUGGUGGUUGUUUUUUUUCUGGAUGCUCCCUUGUCAUACACCAGGCAGUGGAUUUGCUCUCAAUGCAAGAAUUGUUGGAUCAUAAGUAUGAACUUCCUGUGGUCUCCAUGAUGAGUAUGGAAAUACUCAAUUUCAAGUGAUGUAGACUCUUUUGUUCCCAUCACUGUAACAAUUUCUUUCUUUCUUUUUACAAGCCAAUGAUGCAACCUUGUAAGUACUGUUAUCUUGGGAGAAGGCAUCCAAAUUUCUUCAACCAAAAUCAAAUUAAUGCUAAAAGUGAGAACACUUUUCCCUCUUUUUAUAUUUCUGUAAGCACGCAGACACGUGCCAGCUUUUUUUUUGCUUUUCCUUAUACUUUAUCCAUGUCUAAGAUUUUAACUGAGCAUGUGCUUUGCACUGAGUAUUUAUUGGCAUACUGAAAUUGUGUAUAAAAUGCUAAGAAAUUGAAACAGCACAUCUAGUCUUAUUUUCCCACAUAGUUAGCUUCUGGGUUUCGGUGAAGCCAGUAACAUGUAAAUUUAACUCUUCAAGCUUCCACCUAAGAGUAUUAAAACCUUGCAGAACUUUAUAUUUUUACUUUUAUGCAACUCUAGAAAUGGCAAUACAAAAUAUACGUGUAUUUAUAUAGCAUGAAUAAAACUUGCUCAGUUUGUAUGUGUAAGAGGUCUGGAGCUGAACUGUUCUGUGCAUUGCUCUGCCUCGGCAGUGUAGACAGACCUUUGAUACUUCUGCAGUACUUAGGGACCUGCUCAGUCAGGUACAAUGUCAAGUUCUCCUUUUUCUCUUCUGGAACUCCUGGCAUGUCCCUGCAAGACUUGUGGUCUAUUGCUGAUAGUAUACUCUCUUUUUGAGGACCCCUGCUUGUGCUAUGCAGGGUGCCAGUGACACGUUCACCCAGUCAUAACCAGGGUGUUACUCCAAACCCAUGAUGUGUUCUGCAGUGUAUCUUAGCUAUGAGAGUAUCCUGUGAUCUCUGUGAUCACCAAAAUAUGAAAGUCAUCCUGUCUUUGAUUAAUAAAAAUGUCAAAAA